AUGAGUGGACAAAACACCAACAUCUACAAACACGCCGACUCAGACGGCCACUUCCGCCGAAAGGAGUCCGCCUUCCGGUCGUUUAUCUCCCGGGAUGCAUCCUCGGAGUUCCCAGCUGAGAAAGACCGUUACGUGCUCUACAUCAACUAUGGCUGCCCGUGGGCACACCGAGCCAAUCUAGUCCGGACCCUGAAGGGACUACAAGACAUCAUCCCGAUGGUGGUGCUGGACCCGGAGCUGGGGCCCGAUGGGUGGUUUUUCUCUGGCCGAUGGGGAUCCGCGGAGAAGGACCCACUGUAUGGCUUCAAGUACCUAAAGGAGCUCUAUUUCAAGGCGGACCCGCAGUACGAAGGACGAUACACGGUGCCGACGCUGUGGGAUAAAAAGAAAGAGACGAUCGUGAGCAACGAAAGCAGCGAGAUCAUUCGCAUGCUGUACACCGAAUUUGACCAUCUGUUGUCCCCGAAACUGCGCGAAGCAAACCGCCCUGGAGGCGGGUUCUAUCCCGAUCAUCUGAGAGGCGAGAUCGAUGCCAUGAAUGCGUGGGUGUAUCCACAGAUCAACAACGGCGUGUACAAAACGGGGUUUGCGACCACGCAGACUGCCUACGAGGAAAACAUCUACCCACUCUUCGAGGCUCUUGACCGUAUCGAGGCGCACUUGGCUCAGCCGGGUCAUCGACCGUUUCUGUUUGGAAAGCAUAUCACCGAGGCUGACAUCCGCCUGUAUACAACCAUUGCGCGCUUCGACGUGGCCUACUACCUGAUCUUUCGAUGUAAUCUCAAAAUGAUCAGACACGACUACCCGCGGAUUGAUCAAUGGUACCGGCGACUCUACUAUGAUAAAUCCGACGAGACUCAUGGUGCCUUUAGGCAAACCACCUUUUUUGACAUUGUGAGUGCUUGUUACUCUGAAAAUACAGGAAAAGAGGAACCUCCAGAUUGCUGA